CAAAUUUAGUAGCAGAGAACCCAAUCUUUCUUUUUGAAGUUGAACUUUUUGAGUCACCUGAGCAGCAACUGCUUUCUUCACCUCUGUACUUGCCAUCAGUGCCUUGAGAUAUGUUGAGCUUCAAAAUACAUGAGUUUUAAGUACUCAUUUAAGAUAUGACCAUUAAGAAGUGAAAUUGACUUUUAUAUGAACUAUUAAAUGAUAUCUCAAAAUUGGAAUGGCUUGGUGUUGGGCUUUCUGUCUGGACAAGUAGAUUAGGGAAGAACACAUCCAAGAAAUAGAGUUUUUCACGUGAAAGACAGGAAAAAAAUACUAGAGGAGUUGCAUCAAGGGGAAAUUAAAGCCUUUUAGGGAAUGGCAGCACACAAGACUCCAUUAUGGUGGAAGUAAAGGAAGAAUGGUGGCUCCUCCGGGAUAGUAUGGAAAGUUCACGAUGAGGUGGACUGUCUUUUGGCUAUCCCCAAAGAAAGUGGCUUCCCAAAGAGGCUCUGUUAAGCCAGGGGUUUUAGUACCAUUGCUGCUUGGAUUCUUCUCAUGCCAGGUAGAAUUAACCUGCAGAAAAUCCUGACAUGAAGCCUGAAGUGAGAACAAAAUGACCAAAUCUUGCCCAUGGAGCUGGAGUCACAUUAAUUUUUAUAUAUUAUCCCGUCAUUCUAAAUGAUCACAAAAAAACCCUGUCAAAUAACAAAAAUCAAAGGCUGCCAUCCACUCACACCAAAAUCCUGUCUCAGCAGAAGGCCUCUGUGCACAGCCCUGGGGACACUCCAUGGGACAAAACUCUCCCCCCAGCACAGCCAUGAAAGGCUUUGAGCUCAGCCUUCAAAACUGCAAAGCAGUUGUUUUGUUUUCCAUGGAUAAUGCUUUAAUCCACCGGGUGAAAGCUGGAUGUUGCUCUCUUUUAUCCUGGCUGUACACGAUUGCAAUGCUGGAAAAGAAAAGCCCCUAGCCCUUCUGUGCCCGCCGCUCCUCCGAACUGCUGACGCCUGGAUGGGCAGCUCCAAGGCGGGGCCAUUGGGAUUUAUUUAGUUCACUGCUGCAGAUGAUGCCUUUAGUGCCACAAACCACCCUGGAGACAAGUCCUAAUCGUCUGGGGGUGGGGACUAUGUUCAGUUCUUCUUCCCCAAACCCCCCAGACAUAAUUCAGAUCCAAACUGGAGAGACAGGCAGGCACACAAGAGGGGACCCCGGCACUGCACAGCCCCUCUGAAGCCAUGUACAGGAGCAGCUUCCUCCGUGAGGUACGCAAGGAGAAGUACGAGCGGUCAGAUGCCUACGAUGAGCUGCGAGGCUCCCCGGAAUUCGACAGUUUGGCCCAAGCCCGGGGCCUGGAGAACCUGCAGGAGCUCAACGAGCGCUUUGCCAGCUACAUCAACCGUGCGCGUGUGCUGGAGCAGCGCAACACCAUCCUGCGCAAGCAGCUGGAGACCUUCCAGCGCAUGGAUGAGCUGGUGGGCUUGGACGAAGCCUUUGCUGGGCAGAUUGAGUUCAACCGGCAGCGGAUGAGGGAGCUGGCUUCUGACCGAGCCAAGCUGGAGCGGGAGGAGAAGGAUGCCCAGCGCAUGCUCGAUGAGUACCGCAACAAGUAUAGAAACGAACGUGAAUAUCAGCAGAGGCUAAAAGAAACCCUGGAGCACCUUAAUAAAGAAGCUGACGAAGCCUUGCUGUGCAACCUGGAGCUGCAAAUUGAGUCCCAGUUCCUGCAAGAUGACAUCAAUGCUACAAAGGACAGAUACAAGAAGAACCUCAUGGAAAUCCAGACCUAUGUCAAUGUCUUGCAGCAGAUCAUCCAGACAACUCCGCGUGUGUCCCCAAUAACCACUGGCAUAUGUGAGGAAAAACUGAUAGCAGAGAGGAGGAUCCCUGUUCUGCAGAGCCAGCUGGAGGAAUACAAGAGCAUCCUCUGCCAGCUACAGGCACAGAAAUACAAGCUGCAGACAGAGACAACCAUGCUGGAGCAAGCAAUUAAAAACACCCAGGAAAGUUAUGACGAUGAAAUUCAGCUUUACAAUGAGCAGAUUGAAAACCUUAGGAAGGGGAUAGAGGAGGCUGAGAGGAUCUUGGAGAAGUACACCACUGACUGCCGCCAGCUGGUGAUCUACCAGCAGUCCCUGGAGAACGAGCUGGAACGGUACAAACGGAUCAUCGAGAAUGAGGACAGCCGGCUAAACUCUGCUAUAGCAGGAACCCCAGUCACACUCUUCACACAGAUUUACCGACCUGCCCAACCUCAGGCUUCAAGAGGAAGAGAUAUCACCCAGGCCAUGCAAGACAUUGCCAGUAUAAAGCCCAGACAAAAAGGCCUGACAAAGAAAAUUGCCAGGAAAAAGGAGCUGAUGUCAAAAGACAUAACCGACAGUCACUCCCCUGAAAGAAUGUAUGAAAGAACUCUGGAAGGUUUUGACCAAGAUAGGAUGGAGUUUAGGCAUGAAGGCUCAGUCAGGUGUGAACCCGAGCAAGAAGGAUCAGAAUUUGAUGAAAAAGAAAUGGGCCCAGAGGACGUACCUGAUGGAGCCCAGAUAAGUAAAGCCUUUGAUAAAUUGUGUAAUAUUGUGAGGGAGAAAAUAAGAGUCCACAAGAGACCAGAGGCUAAGCCUGAUGCCCAUCCCAAAGGGCGUUAUGUGCUGGUGACAGGGGAGGAAGGCUAUCAAGAACCUUGCAUCUUGGCCCCCUGUAUCCCUGCUGCGGGAGGGAUCACAGUUUCCACUGGCAAUGGGAAGGUGAUGAAUGGUGGUGAUGUGACGCCCAUACCAGAGCUGCCAGAACCUGCCGAACCACCAGAAAAAGAGAAAGGGGAAAUCUGUGAAAGGAGAGAAGAGUUUGAACUCCCAGAUAAACAGAGGGAGGAGGGGAAAGAAGAUGUACUUGAAUGGGGGAAAAAAGCAAGAGGAAAAAUUGAGCAAAUCACAAAGUACCCGGAGAUCUCUGAGCCUGAGACAGUUACUUCCUCUGGUCUGAUAAGCCCAACUGAGCCAGGACUCCUUCGAGAGACAGAAUAUGAGCGAGAAGAUAAGCAGGGCCUUUUGUUCAGGGAAGCAGCCUUACCUGGCUCGAUGAGCUAUGAGAAGGUGGAGGUGGUGGAGUCCAUUGAGAAGUUUUCAGAUGACAAAAUUCAGACAUAUGAAGAGACGGCAAUGAUUGUUGAGACAAUGAUAGAGAAGACAAGCAAGAAGAAACCAGGUGACAAAGGCUCUUAAGUGACACAUACCCUCUGAUAGUCGAUUUGUCUGACAUAGUUAUUAAAUUACUGUGUUUUUUUCCUGACCGAAUGAUACAGUAGUGAGAUUUUUGCUGUUUGGUAUGGAACAGAUUGAAACCUUGAUGGCAAUUCUGUCUGAUGUAGGCUCACCUUUGGUGCAACAACCAUUAGUGUUCUCCAGGGCACAUCCUAUACAACUGAUUUUCAUGAUUAGGACACAUGGGAAGAAAUUAUUAUGACAGAGCUGCCUGGCUUUCCACAGUAUCCGGGACAAAUUUGCAUAUUCCUCUACUGCUCCUUUAACUGCCGUACGACCCCCCAUCUUUGACACAGCUGCAAAUGUUAACUUGUGACAUCUGGUUCAUUUAAUAAAAGUUUUGCCUUCUAC